GUACAUUUUCGUGGUAGUUCUAACAAAAUUAUUAAAAAUGUGCAGUCACUUGUUAAAAGAUGUCAUGAGAAAGAUGUUCCUGUCUUUUGGACACAACAUGGACAUAGAAAUGUUGAAUUUGAUGGAGGAGCUUUAGGACGAUGGUGGGGAGAAGAAAACAGCAUUAAAUGGGGAUCUAAAAAUUGGGAAAUUUUGCCAGAGUUACAGUCAUAUGUCUCGAGCAAGACCCGUUAUGAUGCUUUCUAUAAGACUGAGCUAAAUUCCUUGCUUACCUCUCUUGGUAUUGAAACUCUCAUCAUAUCUGGUGUUUUAACAAAUUUAUGUUGUGAGACAACUGCAAGAAGAAAUUGUUGA